CGCGAGGGUUGUGAGGUGUUUGAGCGAAGCGCCUGCGCGGGGCAGCGGCGCGCGGGGCGGAGGCUUUAUAACCACUUCGUCGUUGCCUCUCGGUUUCUAUCUUCGGGAGGGCGGUUGAGGCAGUGGGGGCGGCGGCGGCGGCCGGGCGCUGGCUGAGAGGCGCUGAGGCGGGAGCUGUGGCGGCGCUGGGCGUUCCUGGCCCCUCGGCCUCUGCGGGCCAUGGGCUCCGAGAAGGACUCCGAGUCUCCGCGCUCCACAUCCCUACAUGCGGCCGCGCCCGACCCCAAGUGCCGCAGCGGCGGCCGGCGCCGGCGCCUCACCUUGCACAGCGUCUUCUCUGCCUCGGCCCGCGGCCGCCGCGCCCGGGCCAAGCCGCAGGCCGAGCCGCCGCCCCCGGCUGCGCCGCCGCCGCCCGCCCCGGCCCCUGCCGCGGCCCAGGCCCCGCCGCCCGAGGCGCUGCCCGCCGAGCCGGCCGCCGAGGCCGAGGCGGAGGCCGCGGCGGUGGCGGCGCAGCCCGGGUUCGACGAUGAGGAGGCGGUAGAGGGCGGCGGCCCGGGCGCGGAGGAGGUGGAGUGUCCGCUGUGCCUGGUGCGGCUGCCGCCUGAGCGGGCCCCGCGCCUCCUCAGCUGUCCGCACCGCUCGUGCCGGGACUGCCUCCGCCACUACCUGCGCCUGGAGAUAAGCGAGAGCAGGGUGCCCAUCAGCUGCCCCGAGUGCAGCGAGCGACUCAACCCGCACGACAUCCGCUUGCUGCUCGCCGACCCGCCGCUUAUGCACAAGUACGAGGAGUUCAUGCUGCGCCGCUACCUAGCCUCGGACCCCGACUGCCGCUGGUGCCCGGCUCCGGACUGCGGUUAUGCUGUUAUUGCCUAUGGCUGUGCCAGCUGCCCGAAGCUAACUUGUGAGAGGGAAGGUUGCCAGACUGAGUUCUGCUACCACUGCAAGCAGAUAUGGCAUCCAAAUCAGACAUGCGAUAUGGCCCGUCAACAGAGGGCCCAGACUUUACGAGUUCGGACCAAACACACUUCAGGUCUCAGUUAUGGGCAAGAAUCUGGACCAGCAGAUGACAUCAAGCCAUGCCCACGAUGCAGUGCGUACAUUAUCAAGAUGAAUGAUGGAAGCUGUAAUCACAUGACCUGUGCAGUGUGUGGCUGUGAAUUCUGCUGGCUUUGUAUGAAAGAGAUCUCAGACUUGCAUUACCUCAGCCCUUCUGGCUGUACAUUCUGGGGCAAGAAGCCAUGGAGCCGUAAGAAGAAAAUUCUUUGGCAGCUGGGCACGUUGAUUGGUGCUCCAGUGGGGAUUUCUCUCAUUGCUGGCAUUGCCAUUCCUGCCAUGGUCAUUGGCAUUCCUGUUUAUGUUGGAAGGAAGAUUCACAGCAGGUAUGAGGGAAGGAAAACCUCCAAACACAAGCGGAAUUUGGCUAUCACUGGAGGAGUGACUUUGUCGGUCAUUGCAUCCCCAGUUAUUGCUGCAGUUAGUGUUGGUAUUGGUGUCCCCAUUAUGCUGGCAUAUGUCUAUGGGGUUGUGCCCAUUUCUCUUUGUCGUGGAGGCGGCUGUGGAGUUAGCACAGCCAACGGAAAAGGAGUGAAAAUUGAAUUUGACGAAGAUGAUGGUCCAAUCACAGUGGCAGAUGCCUGGCGAGCCCUCAAGAAUCCCAGCAUUGGGGAAAGCAGCAUUGAAGGCCUGACUAGUGUAUUGAGCACUAGUGGAAGCCCUACAGAUGGACUUAGUGUUAUGCAAGGUCCUUACAGCGAAACAGCCAGCUUUGCAGCCCUCUCAGGGGGCACGCUGAGUGGUGGCAUUCUCUCCAGUGGCAAGGGAAAAUAUAGCAGGUUAGAAGUUCAAGCCGAUGUCCAAAAGGAAAUUUUCCCCAAAGACACAGCCAGUCUUGGUGCAAUUAGUGACAACGCAAGCACUCGUGCUAUGGCCGGUUCCAUAAUCAGUUCCUACAACCCACAGGACAGGUUUAGCAUGACCCAUGCAUGACUCAGCAAAGUGGAUUUUGUCUCCACAGAGAAUGCAACAAUAUGGAAAUCCAAGUGGACAUUGAAGCCAAACCAAGCCACUAUCAGCUGGUGAGUGGAAGCAGCACGGAGGAUUCGCUCCAUGUUCAUGCUCAGAUGGCAGAGAAUGAAGAAGAAGGUAGUGGUGGCGGAGGCAGUGAAGAGGAUCCCCCCUGCAGACACCAAAGCUGUGAACAGAAAGACUGCCUGGCCAGCAAACCUUGGGACAUCAGCCUGGCCCAGCCUGAAAGCAUCCGCAGUGACCUAGAGAGCUCUGAUACACAGUCAGAUGAUGUGCCAGACAUCACCUCAGAUGAGUGUGGCUCCCCCCGCUCCCAUACUGCAGCCUGCCCCUCGACCCCCAGAGCCCAAGGUGCACCGAGCCCAAGUGCCCAUAUGAACCUCUCUGCCCUAGCCGAGGGACAAACUGUCUUGAAGCCAGAAGGUGGAGAAGCCAGAGUAUGAAGUGGAAUGAAUGCUCCUGUUCUGAGAAGCACACUUGUAACUGCAUCUUUUGGAAUUUUUUUUUUUUCCAAGGGGUAGAGAUUUAUGUAUUUUAUUUGAAAGAUUCUCCGGUCACAGGUUUUCACCCAGGGAAAUUCUGAGAAAUUCACAAUUUCUUACCAGAUAAAACAUAAAAAGUUUGCCGUUAGUUCCCCUCCCCUCCCCUCCCUCUUUUUAGUUUUAAUUUAUUGGUUAAACUGAUGGCAGCAAUCUGUGAGGUGUGUCAAAGAGUGUACAUAUGUAUGUGUGUAUAUUGAAUGCUAAACAUAUUAUUGAAAGACAUUUUAAUAAAGAUUUCUGUCAUAAUUCAA